GGUAUAUGUCACAAGGAAAACACGCAGAAGCAAGAGAACUAAUGUAUUCAGGGGCUUUGCUGUUCUUCAGUCAUAACCAGCAAAACAGUGCUGCUGAUCUGUCCAUGCUAGUUUUGGAGUCUUUGGAGAAAUCGGAUGCAAAAGUAGCAGAUGACCUUUUAGAAAACUUGGCUAAAUUGUUUAGUUUAAUGGAUCCAAAUUCUCCCGAAAGAGUGGCUUUCGUAUCCAGAGCACUAAAAUGGUCUAGCGGGGGAUCAGGAAAACUUGGACAUCCGAAACUACACCAGUUACUAGCAAUUACCCUGUGGAAAGAGCAAAACUAUAGUGAAUCUCGGUAUCACUUCUUGCACUCCACAGAUGGCGAAGGAUGUGCAAAUAUGCUAGUAGAAUACUCCUCAUCCAGGGGAUAUCGCAGUGAGGUGGACAUGUUUGUAGCACAGGCAGUACUACAAUUUCUCUGCUUAAAAAAUAAGACCAGCGCAUCAGUUGUUUUUACAACAUACACACAGAAACAUCCUUCAAUAGAAAAGGGUCCACCCUUUGUUCAACCACUGCUAAACUUCAUCUGGUUUCUGUUAUUGGCAGUUGAUGGAGGAAAACUAACAGUAUUUACAGUAUUGUGUGAACAGUAUCAACCUUCGCUGAAAAGAGAUCCCAUGUAUAAUGAGUACCUAGAUAGAAUAGGACAGCUUUUCUUUGGUGUUCCGCCCAAGCAGACAUCGUCCUACGGAGGAUUACUAGGAAACCUUUUAAACAGUCUGAUGGGAACUGGAGAAGAUGACGACACAGAAGAUGGUCAGGAAGAUAGCAGUCCUAUCGAGCUCGACUGAAUGUUGUUGUCAUUGGGUGCCAUGUAAAUCUGAUGAUUCGAUGACUCCAAAGACAGUUUUGGAAUUUGAAUCCUGCGGUUGUUUCUUGGCGCCUAAAAGGGCUCCUCCAGUCUUUUAGAAAUGGUUGCUGAAAUGUUUAUAAUGUUCGGUCUAUAUUAUUUAUGUAAAAAAAGAAAGAAACCAACAAAAAGUAGCCAAACGAACCAAUCGGAGCAAUUGUUAGCAAGUUUCCAAUACAGCGGCUGGUGACUUUGAUUAAAAUAUAGUCUUCUAUGGUUUCUGAUGCAGUAUUCCCUUUUGCACAGUAAUUCAAUAAAGCAUAAAUAUGGGUCUUGUACUUCACGGCCUACCCAAUACCACCUUUGUUACGAGAAAGCCUCCUUGACCUCUGCCACCUCCAAGGAAGAUCUUGAAAGGCAGGGUGAUCAAUUGAAUAAUUUAUUUGCGAGGCUGGUGCCAAAAGUACUGCAAGACGAGCCAAGCAGCAUAAUUUGAGAUGCACAUCCA